AUAGUAAGUGAGACUCUACUGUGUAUAUAUAUCUAUAUAUAUAAAAUGAUAAAGUUGUUUGCGCAGUGACUAUAACAACAAAACUAAACAUCCCAGAAAUACGAAAUUUGGCAACACAAUGCAAAAGGCUUGCCUCCAGGUUACAACAACACAACCACACCACAAAACCACAAUCCAGACCCACAAAACUCACAACAACGCAUCAUGCGAUAACAACACAACUAAACGCCCGGGAAAUACAAAACUUGGCAACACAAUGCAAAAGCCUUGCCUCCCAGUUGUAACAACACAACCACACCACAAAACCACACAGGGCCCACAAAACUCACAACAACGCAUCGUGACUAUAACAACACAACUAAACGCCCCAGAAAUACGAAACUUGGCAACGCAACGCAAAAGCCUUCCCUCCAGGUUGUAACAACACAACCACACCACAAAACCACAAUCCGGACCCAUAAAACUCACAACAACGCAUCGUGACUAUAACAACACAACUAAACGCCCCAGAAAUACGAAACUUGGCACACAACUAAAUGCCCCAGAAAUAUAAAACUUGACAACACAACGCAAAAACCUUGCCUCCCGGUUGUAACAACACAACCACACCACAAAACCACAAUCCGGACCCACAAAACUCACAACAAUGCAUUGUGACUAUAACACAACUAAACGCCCCAGAAAUACAAAAUUUGACAACACAAUGCAAAAGCCUUGCCUCCCAGUUGUAAGAACACAACCACAACACAAAACCACAAUCCGGACCCACAAAACUCACAACAACGCAUCAUGACUAUAACAACACAACUAAACGCCCCAGAAAUACAAAACUUGGCAAAACAAUGCAAAAGCCUUGCCUCUCAGUUGUAACAAUACAACCACACCACAAAACCACAAUCCGGACCCACAAAACUGACAACGCAUUGUGACUAUAACAAAUACAAAAUUUGACAACACAACUCAUCCACCUCCCCAAUCCCUACAUUCACACUUGGCCUCCAAAAAAACAAUUACAAUAAUAACAAUGACAACAACAACAACAAGAAUCAACACCAUCACAGGCAAGAAACAGCCAGGCACUGAGGCUGAGAGGCCAGUCAGUGCUACACUGGGCCUCCAAAAAACAAUACAGUAGCAUCUAACUUAUCCAACCUUCAUGAGCACUACAACAACAAUAAUAAUAAACACCUACACAGGCAAAACAAAAAAAAGACUAUUGUACCACAAUAAAAAUAUAAACCGCACUCAGCAGAAUCAGACAUUACAACUAACAACAAACCAAAGACAACAGGGAUCUCAAGCAAUUAUCAAUCAACACAAAAAUUGAAGAAGGUAACAGACUUCAAAUACUACUACUAAUAGAUAAAGGCUAUAGAAUCCACCAUAACACACCAUGUUGAGCAAAAAGCUGGUGACAGCACAGAAACGAGGGGAGACCAGGGCACUGUUCCUGGGUUUAGGAAUGGUGGCAUGCUCAGUCAUUAUGUAUUUCUUUAUUGGGAUCACAAUUGUUCCUUCAUACAAAAGAAGUGUCUGGACAAAUGAGAGUAUGUGCAAGCUAAUAAAGGCUACCACCAUGGAAAAAGUCCAUUGUUUGUAUAAUGAAGGUUCUGGCAAUGAGAAUAUUUUUCGCUAUCCUUGUCUGCAAGUCCAGGUCAAUUUGACACUGUUAGGACAAGUGGUAAAGCUCUAUCACACGGAGGACACAGCGGACAGAAAUCCCAAGUGCUUUUAUGUCCCUGAAAAUAUGGAGAAUUAUAGCGAAGUUGAAAAGCUAGUGAAAACAAUAACAGACAAUUUCAGAAAGCACCAAACAUUUUCUUGUUACUAUGACCCAUCAAGAAAAGAAGAGAGUGCCAUCUUAAAGAGAUUAUAUCCUCCAGAAGGCCUUAUCCUUGCUUUUGUUUGGCCAAGUUUGAUGUUGUUUGGUGGAGUCUUGGUCAUCAUCAUGGUGAAAAUAAGUCAAUAUAUUUCUGUACUUUCAGCAUCUCAAUAUAGAGCAAGUAUUUAAAAUGUACUGAAAGCAACCUGUGCUUUAUGUUCAUAUCUGUUUGUGGGGAAGCUAGGAACAUUUCUCAAAUGUAUGCAUAGUGGAUUAACAAGAUUAGAGUGUGAAAGGAAAAACAGAGAACAUCCACAGCUAAAAGUUAUCUAAAUGAUAUUUCGUUUAGACACAAGGUAACUGUUUCUCAUCUGCAGAAUUGCCAAGACAUCUCUUAUCUACUCAUUUGCUUUCUCUCAAAAUAUCAUGCAAACAUUUGAUCUCAACACUGGGUAAAUGUUAUAAAUGCUUGAAAUAGAAAUCACAAUUAUUUUAAUUAGCACGAUCACCUAUCAAUAAUGAUCAAUUAGCAGUUACUUUAGAAUACAAUUUGUGUUUCAAAACUAAUUCGUAUUGUAGCACCCUUGUGAGCCUGAACGAAAGGAGGUUACAGCAAAAGGUUUCAUAGAUCAGAUGGAUGAAGUCCCCCAAGAGAUCUACAUAUACGCCAAAAGUUUGUGCAGAAAUAGUAAUAAGAAAUGCAAAACCUGUGAGUAUGAUGAUGAGGUGCAAGCAACAUUGUAGGACAAAGAUAGGAUGGAAUAGAGCAUUCAUGAUAUGAGUGGUGUGCCAGGAAUCCCUUGUCUCUGUCCAACCCAAUGUGGAUGGACUGGAAUUUAUAGCUGAAAUUAUUCUGUUUCUCCUUCAAAUUUCCCUUUAAAGUUGUUUCUGUUGUUGCUAUUGUUAUUCAUGAACUGUUAUAAUGUGUCAUUGCAGUUAGGUUAAAGAUGCUAUUGUAAGCAUUCACAAAGAGUAUAAUAAUAAUAAAAUACUUUAUUUCUAGACUGCCCUCUCUCCCCGAAGGGACUCAGGGAAGUUUACAGACACAAAAUAAGAAGGCAAACAUUCAGUGACCCAAAUGAGUACAAACACAUCAAAGUAAUACAAGAUAAUGCACAGAUAACAGUAAGCUUACAACAAAAAAUUAAGCAUCGAGAUGAAAAUAAUCAAAAAAAUCCAAUAACACAUAGUUAACUAAAACAUGAAUAAAAUAUUACAACAUAUACCCUAAAAGCAAUUAAGAUACAAGGAUGAUAAAACAUUAAGCAUCACAGUGUUUAUAAACCCCCAAUGAACAGCAUGCAUGCAUUACACACAAGCCAUAUCCCCCAAAAUGCCAACCUUCAAUUUAAAAAGCAUCAAAAUAUUAUCCCUAGUGGAAUCCAACAUACAGCGGGAACUGGCUGACACAACUUUCUCCAUUAUUAUCCAAAAAAUAAGAUGUCUCCUUUCUUUCAGUAUUUCUGGCCAACAAAUUGAUACUGCUAGCUCACUAUGACAAACACAGGUUUAGAGCAACACAUCUACUAUCUGAUAUAAAAGUUCCCUGGUUGAUUUUUAAGCUUUAAUUUUGGCAAUGAAAGCAUAAUUAAUACAUAGUAGAGAUAAGUACGGAAAUUCAGGCUUUUAGUGUACCUGUGCUUAGUCCUUAGCCUAACAUUAACUGAUUUGUUAUCAGUAAAUGUUUUCUAUUUUAUAUACCUAUAUACCUGGGGACACGUAAACAUUUAUCUGGACAUUUCAGGAUUAUGUACAAAAUCUACAGGAAGCAAAUUGCUCAAGUCUUUCCUUUGCAGUCAGUUUCUUCAGUUUAUGAAGUGAAUUCAGUGGAUUUACUUCUGAAUAAACAUGCACAAAGUUGCACAGUUUAGUUUGUGCCUUUUUAAACAGUUGACUACUGUUUGACAAUAGCAGAAACAUAUAGGACCCAAUAAAAUACUUGUAUCAUUUUUUUACAUCCCACCUGAAAUUCAAAUCACUGCACAUGUGGCCAAACUUGGAGUUUAGUUGCUUCCUAGAAGUCUACUAUGUUGAUCCAAAACCAUGCUGAUGUGUUCAAAAGAACAACUGGAAUACUCCUCUUUAGCAUUCUCAUGAUGUAAACAAGGCUGGGAAAAAUACUCUAAAAUAUUUCAAAAAAAAUCAUAAAAAUGUUUUUCCUGAGUGUUAUGAAACUAUGAAGAAGAACUGUGAAUCUUCACAGAUUUUCUAGAUUUCCUUACUUAUAUAAGAAAAUAGACAAGUUUAUUGCUUCUUUUGAGAUUAAAAUUUGCGAAGAAUUAUGCCACUCUGUAACCACUGCGGCUAUUCUAGGGUAUGUAUCAUCAAGAACAACCACAAUGGACAGCACACUAUACUCCUUUUCAAAUCAUGCAUUUCAUAUCAAAAAAGCCAAGUGGGACUUCAAUGGAGUCCUAGAUCCAAAAAUAGAUAAAAGUGGAAAAGUGGAAACAAAAGAAAAGACAAACAGGUAAACAACCAUCAAACUUUUUGAAAGCCUUACAAGACUUGGAUUUAAAAGAUGCAUGGAGAAUGCACCACCCAAAAGAGACAGAUUUUACCUUCUUCUCAAACAGAUUUAGAUCAUGGUCCAGGAUAGACAUGGUCUGGAUGUCUUCAUCAUUAAUCACAAAAAUAGGCAAAAUCAAAAUCCUCCCCAGAAAUAACUCGGACCACUGUCCAGUAGAAUUUAUUAUGCAUGUAUUUUGACUAAGUUUCUGUGGGAUCACUACUUGUAUGUGUGUGUGUUAAGGGAAAAACACCUGGUCAAUUACAACUCAUAGAUGAGUAAUUAGAGCAAUCAAGGCUAACAAGCUUGAACCACUCCCUGAAUGGGGUAUAUUUGGGAAAUGUUUGUAAUGUCUUUUGGGGACUUUCUGAAUACUUGCUGAGAGCCUACUAUGAAGAUGCAUGAGUUUAAUGCAAGGAACGUUAUGUAAGUUUUGUUGCUGGAAGUUUCAAUGUCUUUUAUUACUCUGCUACUUAAGAGUAAAUUUUUGAUUUUCUUCCA